AACAACAUCAAACCGACCGAUGAGACGGAUGUAGCGAAUGUGUUUUCGUUUGUAUUUACACGUUUAAAAUUCGCCAAAUUUGCUCGACAGUUGGCCGAUCUAUGUCAAUUGAUACACGAAAGAAGUCAUAUCGUUGGUGAACCAACAGUCUCAAAUUUACUCAAUUCUCUCACUGUAUCGUCAUGUGCAUUUGCUAUUCAAGCGGCCAAAAUUGCCGAUUCGUGUCGUUCAAUAUUAUCACAAAGUGGUGACGCGCAAAUAUGCGUCAUGCUUGAAGCAGUUCAGAGUUUGACGUUCAUGGACGCACUGUGUGCGUUUCAUGCAGAUUUCGUGAAUGCAAUCGCUUUCGGUUGUUUUGCUGAUAUUGAUUUAGGGUAA